CGGUUUGGAUCUCUCUCCGCCUCCUUUCCUCUUCGCCGCCGAGUGUACGGGAGACGAGGCGAAGCCGCCACCGCCGCGUGGUGUAUAAAUACCCACCGAGCAGAACACGGCGGCGAUCGAGGCGAGUACCAGAGCAAAGAUCGCGGAGAGGAGAUGGCGAUGGAGGGAGGCGAAUCGAGCUCCACUCCCGAGCAGCAGCAGAUCGAGGUCCUGUGCGUGGAGAUGGAGGAGCUGGCGUCUUUCCUGAGGGCCAAGAUCGAACCAGCAGCAGCCGCGCUCCGCCGCCGCAGCAGCAACGAGCCGGCGGCGGCGCCGGGGACGGACAUCUCGGAUCGCAUCUCGGAGGCGCGGUACGCCGUAUCCAAGGUCAGAUCGGGGAUGGCCACGCUCCUGCGGGGACCAGCAGCUGCAUGCGAGUUCGUUCCGAACCCCGCUGGCGCUGACCAUCAACCGGAGGAGGGGGAGGAGGAGGACAUGACCCCCGAGACGACCAAGUAUUAAAGGAUGCUCGAGAGCGAGGUCGAGCUGGAGGAGAACGGGUGGAGGACAUAGCGAUGUAUGCCCGGUUCUGCAAGGAGCUGCUAGAGAUGGAGUACGGCCUUCGAGAGCUCCGGGAGCAGAAUGAGAGGGACGACAUUAAAAGGCAGCGCGAAGUGGACGCCACCAUCCGCUUGUCGCGUCGGGGCCAACAGGAAGAGGAGGAUGAAGAGGAAGCUGAGGAGGAGGAGGAAGAGGAAGAGGAUGAAGACCUCACGGAAUCAGCCGAGGAGAUGGCCAUGGAGAUGGAGGCGGAGGAGAAGUUGUUUGCUUUGGAACGUAAAGGCUGGGAGUCUGCAUGGGGAGACGAAAACGACUUCGAAGACGCGACCGUGCUGAGUCCUAUGCACUUUACAUACUGCACGCCAGGAUUGAUCCCAUAUGCUGCUAGGACCGCGAGCACCCUGCAGAUCUACUCCGUCAAGAUUAUCGGAGCAGGUAGGAAGUUGGAGUGGCCACUCAAUGUGUAUGGGGUCGUCGCUGCCCGAGACGCCGUGGACUACAACCACAACAUCCUCUUCUCUCGGUGGGGGGACGACUGCCAAAAACUCACUCCAGAGGAUCCAUUUUUGUGCUUGACUGGUCCGUCCCGUGCGAUUGUGGCCAUGGAAUGUGCCGAUUUGGAAGUCCAGCUGAAAGUAAAGGGUGAAACAAGGUCUAGUGAUAGAGCAUUGAUCACCCGUCGGUCCACUUACUCCGGUGGUUACCAUCAAGGUUUAGAGACCAUGCUCUUCAGCAACUGCUUUUGCACGGUAGAGUUAAGCUUAGAGCGGCUUACGGAAACUGUCCAGGCUACUAUCUUGAGUGUCCGUGUUGACGAAGAGGGGCCAUGGCCUUUUGAACAUGGCGGACGGAUUAUGUGCUCCUCACCACCACACGAAGUUAAGGACCCCCUAUCCAAGCAAGUUGUUCUGGUUGAUUCUCAUAGUUGUGAAGGUGGAGAAAUGCCAAUGGGCACAGCCAGUUACAUUGAUCUGUCAAGGCGUGUUGUUUCUGUAAAAUUGGAAGACAGCCUGCAAUUUGCCAUACAAGCCUACUCGCAGUCUGGCGCUAUUGCUAGACAAAGUAGUGUCACGUUCAGGACCAAAUAUUGCAACGUUAGCCGAGGUAUAUGCAAGAUUGGUGACUCGGUGGUGGAGAUUACUAUUGCUUGGUCCCAUAUUGUUAGGCGCAAGAGAGGAAUCCACUUAGCAGGUCAUGUUUGAUGCUUCCUGUAUUGUGUUGAUGUUUUUUUUUUCGAAAGGGUAUUGCGUUGAUGUUAUGGACUAUGAUACCCUUUACCAAGUUGUAUCUGUUUUUGCCUCACAUGUGGUUUACGAAGCUGCGGAAACUUCUUUUUUGUAGUAGUAGUAUCGAUUAGCUAAAUGACCAA